UUUCUCCCUUCUUUCUCUUUGAUCUUGUGAUGAGCAUUGCAGACAACACGAAGAAGACAGUCGCAACAGUAUCACAAAUAAAUUUGCCACAAUGAUCUCCAAACUCUUCUUCUUCUUUCUGCUCCUACUAGUAGGACUUCUAAAGGCAGUCUCCGCCCUGAACAUUGUAUUGCCAGGAGGCAGCGGUGCAUUGGGUAAGGGCCUCGCUGCGAAAUUGGGUCGUCACCACCAAGUUACCAUUCUCUCUCGCAAUGCCUUUCUGGCAUCGGCACCCAAUCGCGUUACCGAGGUUUUUGGCUGGGUCGGAAAAUCCUUUUUGGGCAAACAUCCACAUGUCACCAUUCGAGACUGGGAUGGAGGUGAUUUGCUCGAUAUUGUCGGUUGCGAUUGGAUGGGAUGGCAACAAGACACACUCGCUACAGCCGAUGUGGUGGUCAAUUUGGUCGGCGGAUACACCGAACAACGCACCAUGGCGACCGAACGGAUCGUGCGGGAAUCCAUUAGUGUCAAUAAUCGAAAUGCACUGCAAGUUGUAGUCAGUCCGACGGAACAGGAUUUUGCCAGGGUAUCCUCCCCGGGUGCCAUUACUGCCAAGAAGGAACGCGUCAGGCUCUGCGAAUCCAUGGUGGAAAGCAACUGUCUCAAUUCCGUAUGUGUACGGUUAGAUGCCAAUCGAUUGGAGGAGAACUGUGAAAAACUCAAAACUAUCAUUGAUGACUAUGAAGCAUCCUUGGCGAAACAACAACAAUAGCAAGGCAACAACGUAAACAUAAGUGAGGCAUCCAUGUUGACUGUUGACAGCUGCAUGAUGGAAACUAAGUCUGUAAAGAAUCAGGAAAAGACAACUCUAGUGCAAUCAAUGCUCCGUGUUCCUUGUUUUAUUGGCGCAAGCAUGAUACGGUAGCACUUGAGCAUUAUUUCUAGUUUGGUCUGUUUUCUCUUGCAGGAGAAGAAUUCGUGUGA